AUGAAAAGAAUGGAUAUCUUCUGUGCUUCACAAGCAUCAACAGCAAUAUGUCUUAGCAUGGAACAAGCUUCAUGUUCCUCUUCCAAUGCCAUUCAACUAGGAGGAAGAGUCAUCGAUCGCCAUAAUCCUAUUAUCAACGAUUCAAGAAGAAGCACUUCCAAAACUAUCAGUGCUCCAUGUUCUUCUUCUCAGCCACCCAUUGACCCCAAGAAGAAAAGUUUUUUUACUUCCUCAAAGUCAAACGGAGCUAGAGUUUAUGAGCAGAAGAAGAAAAAAAGUACAGAAGAUAAUGUCGUCGCUGAACAUGUCAACAAAAGCUCUAAGCCGGUUGAUUCUAUUCUGAAAAGGAGAUUGGUUAAGUUACCUGCUGAUUCAAAUUCAAUCACUCCACAUGGUUCAACUAGAUCUUUGCUCGGUGAUAGAGCAAUGAGUAAGGUUGUUAAUAAAACCGAUGAAGUUUUUGGUGGUCAAGAUGAAGCCAAUCCUGCAUCUAAACCUGACCAGGUAGUAGUACUAAGGGUUUCUUUGCAUUGCAAAGGAUGUGAAGGGAAGCUGAGAAAACACAUCUCUAAAAUGCAAGGAGUAAGUUCUUUUAACAUAGAUUUUGCUGCAAAGAAGGUGACAGUAGUUGGAAACGUGACUCCAUCGAGUGUGUUGGAAAGCAUAUCAAAGGUGAAGAAUGCACAAUUUUGGCCAGCAAUUGGAUCUGAAAUUAAUGAGAGGAAAGUAUAA